CUGGUGUUCUCGGCCGCGGCGGCCGCGGGCAGCAUGGGGCUGCCGGCGCUGGAGUUCAGCGAGUGCUGCCUGGACAGCCCCCAGUUCCGGGAGCGGCUCCGCUCCCACGAGGCCGAGCUGGAGAAGACCAACAAGUUCAUCAAGGAGCUCAUCAAGGAUGGGAAGUCGCUCGUGGCCGCCCUCAAGAACCUGUCGGCAGCCAAGCGCAAGUUCGCUGACUCCCUCAACGAGUUUAAGUUCCGCUGCAUCGGUGAUGCUGAGACGGACGAUGAGAUCUGCAUAGCCAAGUCUCUGCAGGAGUUUGCCACGGUGCUGCGGAACCUGGAGGACGAGCGGAUGCGCAUGAUCGAGAACGCCAGCGAGGUGCUGAUCACGCCGCUGGAGAAGUUCCGCAAGGAGCAGAUCGGGGCUGCCAAGGAUGCCAAAAAGAAAUAUGACAAGGAGACCGAGAAGUAUUGUGGCGUCCUAGAAAAGCACCUAAACUUGUCUUCUAAGAAGAAGGAAUCCCAGCUACAAGAGGCAGACAGCCAGGUGGACCUGGUGCGGCAGCAUUUCUAUGAGGUCUCCCUGGAGUACGUGUUCAAGGUGCAGGAGGUGCAGGAGAGGAAGAUGUUUGAGUUCGUGGAACCUCUGCUGGCCUUUCUGCAGGGGCUCUUCACCUUCUACCACCACGGCUACGAGCUUGCAAAGGACUUCAGUGACUUCAAGACAGAGCUGACAAUCAGCAUCCAGAACACAAGAAACCGUUUUGAAGGAACAAGGUCGGAGGUUGAAUCUUUGAUGAAGAAGAUGAAGGAGAACCCCCACGAGCACAAAAACAUCAGCCCCUACACGAUGGAAGGUUACCUCUACGUGCAGGAGAAACGUCACUUUGGGACGUCCUGGGUGAAGCAUUACUGCACGUACCAGAGGGAAUCGAAGCGGAUCACGAUGGUGCCGUUUGACCAGAAAUCCGGAGGGAAAGGGGGGGAAGAUGAAGCUGUUAUCCUCAAAUCCUGCACACGGAGGAAAACCGACUCCAUCGAGAAGAGGUUUUGCUUUGAUGUGGAAGCUGUGGAUCGGCCCGGCGUGAUCACCAUGCAGGCGCUUUCGGAGGAGGACCGGCGGCUGUGGAUGGAGGCGAUGGAUGGCCGGGAGCCGGUCUACAACUCGAACAAGGACAACCAAAGCGAAGGCACUGCCCAGCUGGAUAACAUCGGCUUCAGCAUUAUCAAGAAGUGCAUACAUGCUGUCGAGACAAGAGGGAUCAAUGAGCAAGGGCUCUACCGAAUCGUUGGAGUGAACUCCAGAGUUCAAAAGCUGCUGAGUAUAUUAAUGGAUCCCAAAACAGCCUCUGAAACAGAAACUGAGAUCUGUGCCGAGUGGGAGAUAAAGACCAUUACCAGCGCUCUGAAAACAUACCUGAGAAUGCUUCCAGGGCCGCUCAUGAUGUACCAGUUUCAAAGGAGCUUCAUCAAAGCAGCAAAACUGGAGAAUCAGGAGUCAAGGGUGUCAGAAAUCCACAGCCUCGUCCAUCGGCUCCCGGAGAAAAACAGGCAGAUGCUGCACUUGCUCAUGAACCACUUGGCAAAAGUUGCCAAUAAUCACAAGCAGAACCUGAUGACUGUUGCUAAUCUGGGUGUGGUAUUUGGGCCAACGCUGCUCCGACCUCAAGAGGAAACAGUCGCUGCCAUUAUGGACAUCAAAUUUCAGAACAUCGUGAUUGAGAUUUUAAUAGAAAACCAUGAGAAGAUAUUUAACACGGUGCCAGAGACGCCGCCAUCGAACUCGCAGCUGCUGUUAUCCCGCAAGAAGAGCACGGACUCGAAGCCUCCCUCCUGCAGCGAGCGCCCGCUGACGCUCUUCCACACAGCUCAGCCCAAUGAGCAGCAGGAGAACAGGAACAGUCUCAUCAACUCCAGCCUGGAAUCUGUCAUCUCUUCAAACGUAAACAGCUUCCUCAACUCCAACAGCGCGCCCCAGCCCAGCCUCAACUCAAGCGAUCUCGAACUAGAAGUAAUUAAACCCAACAGGCCAAAUUCACUCCCUCAGAAUCCAAGCCCAACGUCACCCCUCUCACCGUCCUGGCCCAUGUUCUCUGCGCCAUCAAGUCCUAUGCCCACCUCCUCUACGUCCAGCGACUCAUCCCCCAUCAGCUCGCCGCUGCGGAAGGCCCGAGCUCUGUACGCCUGCAAAGCAGAACACGACUCCGAGCUCUCCUUCACGGCGGGCACCGUGUUUGACAACGUUCACCCAUCACAGGAGCCUGGCUGGCUGGAAGGGACCCUCAAUGGCAAGACAGGAUUAAUCCCUGAGAAUUACGUGGAGUUCCUAUAACUUGGGGCGCAGGAAGUGCCUCCGCUGAGCUUUCCAUGGUAUCCAUGGCAGUUGCUGGUGGGACCAGGGGGAGGGCUUCCCCAUCCCCACUGAGAUGAAUGUUUGUGGAUAGAACCGUGCUCCUCUCCCCGUGUGUGCUGGGGCUGUGGAAGGAGCAGUCCUGGGGAUGUGGCUCUACUCCUGCAGCUCCAAUCCGAGGUAGUGAUGCCCAAAGCCCACAUCCCAGCGUGGAGCCAUCGCAGCAAUGAGCAAACCAGCAAAGCGGCAGCUCCACACCACAGCCUGCGUGCCGCAGAGGUGCCAAGCCUGCCAAGUGUGAACCAGCACGAGAGACCUGUGCUCCCU